AUGGAGUCUUCGAUGUGCCUCUUCCUCCUCCUGGCCCUCCUCAGCAGCUCACACGCAGGUUCAAAGGUGACUUUGCAAGUAAAGCUAACUGAGGCUUUUCAGGCUAAGACCUCCCAGGACUCCUGCGCUCUGGACACACUCCAAAAGAUCUGCCUCCUCCUCCACCUCCCAGCAGGGACCAACGUCACCCUUCAUCAUAAAGGGCCGCCACACCACCUCACCUGCAGAGCCUGA